AUAAAAUAUUAUAUUAUGACCAUUAGAACAUAUAAAGCAUAUACUCCGGGAACAAGAAAUAAAACUGUAUCGGACUUUAAAAUUAUUACUAAAAAUAAACCUUGUAAAAAUUUAAUUAUACAUAAACAUGUCAAAUGUGGCAAAAAUAAUCAAGGUAAAAUAACUUCAAGGCAUAAAGAAAGAGGACAUAAAAAACAAUAUCGUAUUAUUGACUUUAAACGUAAUAAAAAAGAUAUUGUCGCGAAAGUAGCAUCAAUUGAAUAUGAUCCUAAUCGUAAUGCUAGAAUAGCAUUACUUUAUUAUAAAGAUGGUACUAAAUCCUAUAUUUUGUGUCCAAACAAUCUAGACAUAGGAACCCAAAUCAUUUCAUCUACCGAUAAUAAUAUAAUUCAAAUAGGUAACUCACUACCUUUAUAUAAAAUUCCAUUAGGUUUAAUAGUACAUAAUAUUGAAUUAAUACCUGGAAGAGGAGGUCAAAUAGCUAGAGCAGCAGGCACCUAUGCACGCCUUAUAGCUAAAGAUGAACACUUUGUUACACUUAAAUUGCCUUCAAAUGAAAUCCGAUUGGUAAAAAAAGAAUGUCUUGCGACUAUAGGACAAGUUUCCAAUAUAGAGUCAAAUUUAAUUACUAUUGGAAAAGCAGGAAGAAGUCGUUGGCUUGGGAAAAGACCUAAAGUUAGAGGUAUAGCGAUGAAUCCUGUAGACCACCCUCAUGGUGGUGGAGAGGGGAAGAGUCCUAUUGGAAGAAAACAUCCUGUAACUCCAUGGGGCAAACCAGCUCUAGGGUUAGAUUAUGAAUCGUUCGUUAUAUAAAGGACCUUUUGUAGCUGCUAAACUGUUAAAAAAAAUUUAUCGUUUAAAUAGUGAAAAUAAAAAAAUAGUAAUCAAA